CUGUCAACACCAAAACCACCACCACCACCCGCACCGCCACCACCAGACCGCUCUUUCUUUGAACUUCCGUUUGAGCAAAAAAACCCAGAAUCAAUCACAUUGCGCAUUUUUUGCAGCAAAUUUGGUUCCUUUAAUGGCUUUGAGGUGUGCUUCAAUCUGGGUUUCUGCUAAAACACCUCACUUUCAUCUUGGGGUGCCAGGUUUGCAGGGUAAGCAAUAUGGGGUUGUUUCAGAGUUGAAGCUUCCCAAGAGGGAAUUUUGUUGUUCGGCUGUUGUGACAGGUCAACCUAUCACUCAUCUUGACGAUGAGAAGGCUCACGCUCCUGGGGUAGGGUCCUCUUCAGCUGUUAAUCCAGCUCAGGAAAUUGAGCCCAGGGUGCUUCCCAAGGACCUUAGUUUUCUUCCUAAACCCCUGUCUGCAAGUGAUCUAACUCCUUCCCCUGGUGAUGGAACAAAAGUGCGGGUGGCUUAUCAGGGGAUAGCAGGUGCAUAUAGUGAGGCUGCUGCAUUGAAAGCAUACCCUGACUGUGAAACUGUACCAUGUGAUCAGUUUGAAUCUACAUUUAAGGCGGUUGAACUUUGGUUGGUGGAUAAAGCGAUUCUUCCGUUUGAGAAUUCUUUAGGUGGUAGCAUCCAUCGUAAUUAUGACUUGCUCCUUAGGCACAGGCUGCACAUAGUUGGGGAAGUCCUGAUGACAGUAAAUCACUGCCUUUUAGGGUUACCUGGUGUAAGAAAGGAAGAAUUAAAACAUGUGUUGAGCCAUCCCAAUGCACUUGCUCAAUGUGAGAUGACACUAAACAAGUUAGGUAUAAUUAGAAUCAAUGCUGAUGAUACUGCUGGUGCUGCUCAGAUGGUUGCUUUAGGUGGUGAACCAGAUAUUGGAGCGGUAGCCAGUUCUCAAGCUGCAGAAAUAUAUGGGCUUGACAUUCUGGCUGAAAAAAUCCAGGAUUGCAAAGAUAAUUUUACCCGUUUUCUAAUACUGGCCAGAGAACCUAUAAUUCCAGGAAUGGACAGGCAUUACAAGACGAGCAUUGUCUUUGCUCUAGAAGAAGGUCCUGGCAUGCUGUUCAAAGCCUUGGCUGUUUUUGCUAUGAGGGAUAUUAAUUUGUCAAAGAUGGAAAGUCGCCCACAACAAAAGCGUCCUCUAAGAGUUGUGGAUGAUUCUAACAAAGGGAGUCCCAGGUGCUUUGACUACCUUUUUUAUAUAGACUUUGAAGCCUCAAUGGCAGAGCCUCGUGCGCAAGAUGCAUUGGGACAUUUGCAGGAAUUAGCGACAUUUCUUCGCGUUCUGGGUUGCUACCCUAGAGAUAACAUCAUAUACGGCUAAAUAGAUGGAAUACUCUUAUGAAGUUCAUUUGUCCAUCUUUUGAAUUUAUCUGUGAAACCUACAAGGUGGAGAACUGUUCAAACCAUGUGUAGCUUAGGUAGUCUUCAUCCGGCUAAAGGUGAACGUGAAGUUCCGGAAGAUGCUAAAAGCUUUCUGGGUUUGUCUGAAAUCUUCUUAAACAGGAUCUUUUUUUCUUCUUCUUUUCUCAAAAAUAAAACCCUUCAAAGAAAAAUGAAGUUGGUUCCUUUCUUUAAGAACUCAAACUCAAAAGACCAUGCUUGCAUAUAUUAUUGAAUUUAGUUGGGUGUUCUGCCUUUCCCAUAGGUUUUCCA